UUGAUCAAUCCAGCAACCAUAGCAUAGACUUCCUUCCUGACACAGAAGCCUGCUGUAGUACGGUCUUGUAAGGCAGCAUGCUGGUGUCUAGGCUUAUCAAAAUCCUAAGUUUAGUUUGCAUAUCACUAACGUAGGAGACUCGAAUCUAGGCUCGACUGUGAUGUCGGCAUCGGCAUGGGAAAUGGAGGAUGGAGAUUCCGCUGUCGACAGCUGGGCUAUGUUCGACGACCACGUGUGGGACCACUUCCAGUACGACCAAAGCCUCGUCGCGCCGGACGCGGACACGGACGCGCUGGGUGCGAUUGACGCGAGCUGCGAUGCUUCGCGGCAAGUCAAGUCGCGGCAGGACGAGGCCAUCAGAAUUGACGGGGCUUGCGAGGCCCAGUCGAUUGGCCGCGCUGUUGACGGCCGGGGAGGGCAGGCGACUUUAGGAGAGCAUGCGGUGGACUCGCGGGGCGAUAGGGCCGGUGAGGGUCAGCGAGAGGCACGCGAGCUCGCAGCUGGCGACGGAGCCCAAGGGAGCGGGCGCGGCGUGAACGGGUGGAGUGCGCAGGAGGAGAUUGAGGGCGGGGACGGCGGGGAUGGUAUCGACAUGUCGACCAUGGAUAGUCCUCAUGCACGGGGGGACGACCGUGCCAACUGUGCCUUCCCUCUCGCGAGGCUGCCGAGCUCCCCGAGCACGCAAGGCGGGGAUUGCGCGGACGCCCUGGCGGACGGCAUGUCAAGUCAGCCAUGGGGGCCCGGGCAGGCGAGCCACGUGGACGAGCUGAUAAGGUCCGCCUACCCCCCCGACCCUCUCGCCGUGCCGUCCGCGGACGCGUUCCCCCACCUCACCCACGCCGACCUGCACUCGUGGUGGGGGCCCGCCUCCGACCCCUCCGUGCCCCUGCCGCCCGCGCCCGCCCUCCUCGAUGCCGCCGACGCCGCCUUUUCCGCUGCCGCUGCCGCCGCCGCCGACGAGGCUGUGAGCGAGGAGCGUCGGGGGGCGGAGGUGUGGGCCGCGGAGGAACUGGAGGCGGAGGGGGGGGAGGGGGAGGACGAGGUGGGAUGGGGGGAACGCGCGGAGGGAGAUGGAGAGAAGACGGCGGAUGGCGCUGUUGGGCGAGAUGCUGGCAGCGAGGGAGGAGGGGCGACGGCAGGGGUGGCAAGCAGUGGUGGCGCCGAGGCACAGGCGAUCAGCUGCUGCCAGCGCGUCGCACCAGGGGAGGCCACGCCGUCAUGUGAGCGUGGCCCCUGCGCACCAUGUGCGUCAACGCCUGCACCCGCACCUGCUGCCACUGCCAGCGCAGGGCCGGCAGCUGAGCCCGAUGUCAGCGCAGGGGCGGCAGCUGAGGCUGCUGCACGUGGGAGCUCAAAUUUCGGUGGCAACUCGCGCUGCCUUUCGCAGGGCAGCGUCGCGGCGGAAGAGAGAGGGCGAGCAGCGCCCCGCGGCGUCAAGGAAGCUCCCCUUGGGCCAGCACGCCGUCCCCUUCCCCUCGCUGCCCCACCACUUCCCCGCCCACUGCCCGCCCUUCUUCGCCUCUCACCCCCCCCACAUCGCGCACAUCCCCUUGCUGCUCGUCUUGCCUCCGCCUCUCCCUCUCCCUCUCCCGCGCCCGUCCCUUACCUUUACCCUCGCCCGCCCCCCACCGCCCUCGCCACCGCCCUCUCCUACCCCCCUUGCCCUGCGCCCACCCAAAUCUUCCGCUACUUCCCCCCCGCGCAACUGCCCCGCCUGCCCCACUUCCCCAACUACCCGCUCACCUCCCAGCCGCUGCUGCCCGCCUUCCCGUCCCGCCUCGUGCCGCCCCCCAACCCCUGCCAGCCGCCUCCCCCCCAGCGGCCGCCAAUGCACGCCACGCCUUUGCAUCCCACCUGUGCUCCCCGCACUGCUACUGCUGCUGCCGCUGCCUCUUCCGAAGCUGUUGGCAGCGGCGUGAGUGAGGCGGGGGCGGGGGCGGCAGGGGCAGGCGGGGCAGCACACAUGGCGGCGGUGAGGCAGGCGAGGGCAGCGGCGGCGCAGCAGAAGGAGCAGCAGGUGCUGGGGCAGGAGAUGUUCCGAGUGCACCAGCAGCACAGGGCGCUCACGCACCAGCACCACGCUCACCAGCUGCAGCAAGCGCAGCGAGUCACAGAGAGCGCGGGUGCAGAGACUAAGGCCAUCCCCGAGUCGCUGCCCGCCUCUUCCGCUCUCCCCGCCUGUGCCUCGCCAGCGCCACGUCCACAGGCCCCAGCCCGCUCACAGCAGGCAGCCGCUGGGUGCGGCGACUCCCGCUGCUCCGCCCCACACGCCUCGUCCUCAUCCUUGCCGGGUGCCUCUCCUUCCCUGCGUCACUCCCCUGCCGCGGCCUCUCGCUCCCAUAUAGCACUCCCUCGCCAGACCACCGCUCUGGCGAGUGCGGGGCCAGCAGUGAGAGAUCAAGCCCAGCUCCGUGCACCCCUGCAUGCUGCCGCUGCUCCACCCCCACGCACACCCCCGUCCCUGCCCCUCACACCCACUCGCUCCACCGCUCCCUCCUCACCCUCCCCCUCAUCCUCUUCCCUUCUCCCCCCAGCCUCCCCAUCCCCCCUCAAGCCCCCCAUGCCCGGAGUGUGGGUGCUUCCCCACCUGCCCCCGCCCAGCCCUGUGGAGCACAGUGAGAGCGGGGGGGGCGGGGGAAAAGGGGGAGGGGGGCUGCAGGAGAGGGGCAGUGAGGGGGAAAGAGAGGGGAAGGGCGGGGCAGGACAGGCGGACAGAAGGGGUGGAGAGCGGAUGAAGUGGGAUGUCCGGCAGCUAUGGGUCCGACAGCAGCAACGGUACAUGCUGCAACUGCAGCAGCAGCAGCAGCAACAGCAACAGCCACAGGAACAGCCGCAGGAACAACAGCAGUGGCAGCAACAACUAGAAAAGCAGGAGAAGCAGCAGCAGCAACAGCAACAGCAGCAAGAGCAGCAGCAGCAGCAGCAGCAGGCGGAACAGCUGUUAUCAAAUGUGCAGAAGGUGGAGAGGCAGGAAGGGCAAUGGGAGCAGAUGAAUGGUGGUGAGGGGCAGAUGAAUGGUGGUGAGGGGCAGAUGAAUGUUGGUGAGGGGCAGAUGAAUGGUGGUGAGGGGCAGAUGAAUGUUGGUGAGGGGCAGAUGAAUGGUGGUGAGGGGCAGAUGAAUGUUGGUGAGGGGCAUAAGAAUGGUGGGGAGGGGCAGAAGAACGCACGGGCACACGAUGCAUCAGAGGACUUAGACCAGGAAGGGGAUGGGCGGAGGGCCUUGUCUUGUACAGUAGGAGUCGCCGACACCGCGGCAGCAGCAGCGACAACAGCAGCAGCCGGGCGAGACAAGAGCGGUGCCACAGCAGCGGAGGUGUGUGUGGGUGAUGAGGUGGGUUGCAGGGAUGGAGUUCGGUGCAUGGCGGCAGAGGCAGCAGCAGUGGGGGCAGCAGCAUCGGUGGGCAGAGUGGUGGGGGGGGCGCCAGAGAGCCCGGGUGGAAGGGAAGCGCCACAGAGCCCAGGCUUGCAGGCAUCUGGUGGUGCUGGCGAGGCUGUGGGUGAUGCUGCUGCUGCUGCCACUGCUGCUGAUGAUGAUGAUGCUGGUGGGAUGCGGCACGGCAGGAGUGGGAGCGAGGUGAGAGAGCAGGGAGCAGCAGCCGAUGCAGGAGAGGAGAGCGAGUCAAGCGGUGUGAGUGAAGGGAGCGAGGCGGCGCUCAGCGUGGAGGUGGCCAUGGGUGGACACAGCCAUGAGCAGGAGGAGGGGGUGGCGGGGGGAGAAGGCGGGUGUGCUUCAGCGGAUGGUGCUGCCUGCCGCACAGCGCAUGGGGUGGCGGAGGAAGGGGGAGCAGAGGAGCGCAUGGAGGGCGUGGAGGGCACUGAGGGCACUGAGGGCACUGAGGGCACGGAGGGCACUGAGGGCACUGAGGGCACUGAGGGCACUGAGGGCACUGAGGGCACUGAGGGCACUGAGGGCACUGAGGGCACUGACGGCACUGAGGGCAUGGAGGCCAGCAUUCUGCACCAGCUUGAAAGCACGGUGGCUAAGGUAAGAGGUCAUGGUCCACGUGGUUGUCCUUCCGUGCGUUCUGCUCUCGCUUCCAAUGCAUGCAUUCCCAUCCCUCCUCCCCUCCCUCCUAUUCUCACUCCCCUGCUCCGCUUUGUCUGCUAUACCUGCUUCUCUUCCUCCUUGCCCAACUGCUGCCCCUGUCUCCCCCCCCUUUGCUGCUCGCAGCUCACCCCCAGCAACCGCUGCUUCAUCCACGCCGCUCUCCUGCGCCUCGCCCACAGCGCCAAGGGCAGGAGCGCGCCUCCCAGCACUCGAAAUGUGCCUCCCAGCGGCAGUGGUGGAAGCAGCAGCAGCGGAGCAGCAGGGGGGGAGAGGCAGGUGCGCAGCGGCGAGCGCGAGAGUGGGGAGGAGGUAGCGACAGGGUCAGGGGCAGCGGCAGGGUCGUCAGGGAUGACGAGUGAAGCAGGGAGUAACCAGGCUGAGGCAGGGGUGCUUGCUGGCGGCACGGCACCAGCACCGGCAUCAGAGAGUGGCACAAACCACAUCGACCGUGCCAUCGCCAACCUGCUCUUCCGCUCGCCCCUCCUCUUUGGCCCCUCCCGCCCGCCCGCCUCUGCUGCACCGCCUGUGGUGGCCGCAACCCCAACACCCUCUGUGUGUGGCGCCCCACACCAUCGCCCCCUAUCCGCCAUCUCCCCCAUGCCGCACGGCCCCCUCCACACCUACCCAUCUGCCUCCAGCCUCACCAUCCCGCCCCACCUGCAUGCCCCCCAUCCUGCCACUGCCGCUGCCACGUCCACCUCCUCCGCCUCCUCCACCGCCUCUGCCGCCGCUGUGGGCACCGUUGGCUCAGUGCGCAACACUGGUGCAGCAGCACGUGCUGCCAUGCCCGGGCAUGCAGCCCCUAGACCCCAUCCAUCUGCUCCCGCCACAGCGCCACCGCAUCCAUCCCCGACUCCUCUGCAGCACGCAGCAGUGCGAGGGCAGCAGCUGUCAGGCAGUCCAUACCUGCAGCUGGGAGCCGCCGUUGCUGCCACUCCCUUUGGUCCGCAUCCAGCAUCGCCUCUGACCCCCGCACCCCACAUGCUGCACCCAUGGAUGGCGUGGCAUGCGUCCCCAUGGGGCACUGCAGUGGCGGGUGGGCCUGCCACCCACUCUGGUGUGCCCAUGCAUGCCGGCCAGUCGUACUUCUAUUCCCCGCUUGCCUCUCAAGUGGAAUCACAAGCCUUGUCCCGGCCACAUAUGGUCAUCCGACCUGGCACGCAGCCUAGCUUUUUGGGCCAGAACUGUUGAUGCAACCAGGGGAUCGGUUGCAGCUUCUUCUUGUUUUUCACUCCUAAACAAUGAGGAGUGAUGAUGUCUGCUUUGCGUUUUGCAUUUCUGUAUGCAUAUGUUUCCCAGUCAGAGGGAUUGAAGCACUCCUUGUUUUACAAAAAGGCU